AUGAUGAUGCCAGAUGGAGUGAUGAUUGACGGGUCAUGGGACCUGACAGUCACUGUUACAGACCUUCAAGUCACUGGACAAAUCGAAAAAAUUCUACGAGUCAAGGGCGACCUCCAUGUCGGAGGUGUGAUGUUGAAACUGGUCGAAAGCUUAGAUGUACCAUUGGAUUGGUCCGAUCAUGGACUCUGGUGGCCAGACAAAAACAUGUGGCUGUCCCGUACACGAUCCACAUUAGACCAAUAUGGUGUCCAGGCUGACGCAAACCUGUUCUUCACCCCUAUGCAUAAGAACCUUCACAUACAGUUGCCCGAUCUCCAAGUAAUGGACAUGAGGGUCGAUUUCUCUGUCAAUGUCUUUGGCUCCGUCGUACAAAUAUGUAAAGAAUUAGGUAUUAGAAGACCAGAAGAGCUAUCAUUGAUGCGGAAGCUUGACAAAGAUGACCUUAAGCGGAACAGAGGAGCUACAGUUGCUAGGCGACGAAGGAUGCGAGAUUCAGUUGCAGGGAACAGCAAUGGCAACUUGACACCAAAUACCAGUAUGGAUGGCAAUAUGACAAUAGGAGGAAGUCCAUACAAUAGAACACCCAGAACUCCCGGUACCCCUCAGGGGACACUACUGCGUACCCCAGGGACACCAGGCAGUCCUUAUGGCACACUCAACCCUCACUCCCCGUACCAAUGGAAUGGGGGUGGAACAAUGUCCCCAGGGUCCAUGAACAGUCUCUCAUUUGAAGGAGCAAUGGAUUCCAGUCUAGCAAACAGCCCUAACACACCAACAAAGGAAGCUCUUACCUUACUCUACAGGCCAAAGUCAAACUCUGAAAAAGCCCGAAUCAAUGCAGGCUGGCUAGAUUCUUCAGUAUCUCUUAUGGAACAAGGUGUUAGGGAAAAUGACUUGAUAUUACUGAGGUUUAAAUUCUACAAUUUCUACGAUUUGAAUCCAAAGUAUGACGCUGUUCGUAUCAACCAGAUCUAUGAGCAGGCUAAAUGGGGAUUGAUCUCUGAGGAAAUCGACUGCACAGAGGAAGAAAUGAUGAUGUUUGCUUCACUGCAAUUACAGGUGAAUCUUCAAGUGUCAGAGCCCCAAGAUUUAGUAGAUGGCACUGCUAACCAAUCAGCAGAUGACGAUAUAGAUGCUGCCCUAAUGGACCUCCAGGUGUCACUAGAGGGCUCCACUAUCACAUCACCUGGUGACAUCACAAAUAUACCAGAAUUGCACGAUUACCUCAAACACUUCAAGCCCAAAAAGUUCACAUUAAAGGCCUACAAAAAAUACUGGUUCACAUUCAAAGAUACACAUGUAUCAAUGUACAGAAGCAAGGAAGAUGCCAACCCAAUGACCAGAAUAAAUCUUAAAGGGUGUGAAGUGAGUCCAGAUGUUAAUAUCGCUAGUGCCAAAUAUGGCAUUAAAUUAUUUGUCCCGUCUCCAGAUGGUUUAACUGAAAAUUGGAUUAGGUGUGAAAAUGAGGACCAAUAUGCUAAGUGGAUGGCAGCAUGUAAAUUAGCAUCUAAAGGAAAGACAAUGGCAGACAGUUCCUACGACGCAGAGGUGAAAUCUAUCCUUGCAUUUUUGAGUAUGCAACACCCAUCUCAUGGACCCUCCAUUAAUCCAAACACUGUUGAUAUACAACCUGAAGAUUUCGUGGCUCCUAGGUUCUUAAAGAAGAUCAAAAAUAAAGUUAUAAGCCAACGUAUCUUAGAGGCCCAUGCUAAUGUGCGUGACAUGAAUCUGAUAGAAGCUAAGAUGAACUACAUCAAGGCUUGGCAAGCCCUGCCAGAAUAUGGUGUCACUUAUUUCAUUGUGAAGUUCAGGGGAAGCAAGAAAGAGGAAUUAUUAGGAGUAGCUUCUAACCGCAUAAUGCGUAUGGACCUUAACUCUGGAGAUGCCAAUAAGACAUGGCGCUACAACACAAUGGAAGAAUGGUACGUGAACUGGGAGAUCAAACAAGUUAUGGUGAAAUUCAAGGACCAAAACACGGGACACCAAGAGAACAUUGCAAUGUCAUGUUUAACCGCAGACUGUAAAAUCGUUCAUGAGUUCCUAGGUGGAUAUAUUUUCUUGUCAAUGCGAUCAGGAGAUAAGAAUCAGACUCUGGAUGAAAAGCUGUUCCACAAAUUAACAGGGGGUUGGGAUUAA